CCGGGGAGCACUUCCGGUGAUAGUACUUCCUGUCAGUGUUUGUAAACUGAGAAAAAAUUGGAACCACGACAAGAAAUAUUGUUCCUAAAAACCGUAUAAUUCGAAAGGCUUUGGCCCCUGAUGAUUUGGGGGGGACUGUGGUCUCUCCUGUCACCCCCUCAUCCUGAGUGAAGCCCCCCCUCUAUCCCCUCAAACACACACGCAUUCAAACCACGGCGAUGACACACCAUUCCAAUUCAGUUCGAGACCAUAUGAAAUGGGCUGGGUUGCUGGGUUGUGAGGCGGUGUUGUCCAGCAUGGCCCUGAUGCAAGCCAACAACAUCCCAAGCCAGAAGAAGAUGAUGUCAUCCUCAGGUCACAGCCACAGGUCCAGUCCUGAGGGCCACCAGACGCACUCGCAGCACAGCCUAAACCAUCAAGGGCACCAAUCUCACCAUGGGCAAGGUCAUCACAGUCACAUGGGACAUGCUUCUGAAGGAAGCUGUCCUCCACUGGUGAGAGAAAUGCAGCUCACUUCUCCAUGCCUGAAGCUUAUCCGCAAAGAUGGGGAGUAUCACACAUCAAGGAUCAUUGAUGGGAAGGAUGUCCAGACAAACCAGAAUUCUCAGCCCAAGAAGAAGCACAAAAAGUCGUCCCACAAAGUGAAGGAGAAAGUGGAAGUGUUGAUUCCAAACAUGGAUAUGGAUGAUGACAGUUCCUUAAGAGUUCAGAAGAACUUCAUCUGUGAUCACUGCUACGGGGCUUUCCGGAGCAGCUACCACCUUAAACGACACAUUCUCACGCAUACAGGGGAAAAGCCAUAUGCUUGCGAUGCCUGUGAUAUGCGGUUUAUCCAGCGGUACCACCUGGACAGACACAAGAGAGUGCACAGUGGAGAGAAGCCUUAUCAGUGUGAUCGAUGCCAUCAGAACUUUUCUCGGACUGACAGGCUGCUGAGACACAGGCGACUGUGUACGACUGGUGUGAACAAAGAGGAGAACCAGUACUCCCAGGAGUCAACUGCCCAUACAGCUUCCUGGAGUCCCCUCCACCCCUCCAGCAACCGUCUCACUGUUUGACCCUCAGCUUCCGAAUCCCAGCAUCCAGCUUCACGACAUCACUGGAGUUUUACCCUUAAAACAACCUUAGCUGAAGACUCAUAACAACUAUGAAGUGGAGUUUGUACAUCUCAUAGACGCUAAGACAGAGAUGAACUGAUUUGGACAUAAGGUUAUGGCAGUGGGUGAACUGCAAAAAGGCAAUGCUUGGUACUUUGCAGAACUGCAAUCCUUUCGAACGACAUGCAAACCCACUCCUGCUUGCCACUUCACAGGGCAGACUCAAAUGAAAUAAUGUGGAAUUUCAGUAUAUUUCAGUUCAAAAUCAAAAAUCCUUCAUCAGCGUUCUACAGUUAAGAAAGCAUUACAGCUGGUUGCUGAUAUGUUUGUCAUGUAAAGUAUUUAUAUGGGUUUAUUUACACAAAAUUCAAGAAAGUCGAUUAUUUUGAUGCAUGGAGCAGAUUUCUUUUUUCAUCUAACUCAAAUAGAAACGAUUUAUCACAAACAUUUUGUUGUAGGAUCAACAUCCAGCAAAUUAUAAUUGGAAAAUUUUGCUCAAAAUAUAAUAGAAAUUCCCCAAAGGUUUUUUUUAUUCAUGUUAUUUUUAUAUUAAUCUAAUAUUCAACCUACUGCAUUCAGUCUCACUGCAUUUAAUGUCCAAACUGACUGAAGGCAUGCUUGGAUUAUGGGUUCCUCUUAAAAGAAACUUUCCAACCUACUUGGCUUUUUCUCACUUAGAUUAGUGUUUCCUGCUACUAUUUUUACCAGUGGUACUUUCACCACUACUUUUUUUUAUUUUAGUUUAUUUUCCCACCA